AUGCAUUUUACCGAUCCAGAAGCUGCAGACGUGAAGACAUGGGUGGUAAAGAAGUUGGAGGACAUUUCCGAUGCGGACUCUGACGUCCUCGCCGACUAUGUGCUUGCGCUUAUCAGGACCGAUGCGCCAGAUGACGAAAUCCGAAAAGCCUCGGUGGAAAACCUGGAGGACUUUUUGCGAGAACACACUCAACCGUUUGUUGACGAGCUCUUCGCCAACUUUGGCCCGAAGCCGGCUGCCCCUGUUCCCCAAUCACAGCCACAGCAGCAGCCUCAUACCUUCUCUGCAACCGCCCAGCCAUUUAACCCGCCCGCCGGCCCUAGAAACGAGUACAAUAAUCGGAAACGCUCAUUCAAUGAGGGAUUCCAGGGAGAACAAGGACUCGAAGAUGGCUCAAUUCAGAACCGCGCCUUUAAGACUCCGCGACGAGGUCGUGGAGGUGGAGUUGGUCGUGGCGACUGGAUGGGUGGGGGCGGUCACCCUAUGCAGACCGGGCAGCAAUUCCCUGGUCAGCAGGGUGGAUUCCCUUCUAUGAUGCCUGGAUUCCCAGGCUUUGACCAAAAUGAUCCUAUGGCCGCUAUGAUGGCUAUGCAGGGAAUGGGUUUCCCUCAGAUGCCUGGAAUGCCCAUGCCUGGAAUGCCAGGUCAGCCGGGUAUGGAACACCUAGCUAACCAGCGCUGUCCUUUCUAUGAUACCCAGGGUAUAUGUUAUCUAGGUGCUGCCUGUCCUUAUAAACAUGGCGAGACUGGGGGAAAGAAUGACGAAUAUGACCCGAAGAGCGCAACACUUCCGAAUGACUCUUGGCGGGGCGGCGAGCGAGGCCGGGGUCGUGGGCGCGGUAACCACAGCGGGCGAGGACGCGGCCGAUCCGACUUCUCGUCUGCUGGACCCAAUGAAGACCGUUCAAUCACAACAAUUGUGGUCGAACAGAUUCCAGACGAAAAGUUCUCAGAGGAGGCUGUGCGCGAGUUCUUUUCCCAAUUUGGCAACAUUGUUGAAGUCUCGUUGCAGCCCUACAAGAAGCUUGCUUUGGUUAAAUACGAAACUUUUGCCGAGGCCAAGCAGGCAUGGGCCAGCCCGAAGGUCAUCUUUGAUAACCGAUUUGUGAAGGUUUACUGGCAUAAGCCCAAGUCGAACGACAGGAACGGGGAAUCCCAGCCUGAAGCGCCAGCGUUCAAUCAGGAAGAGUUUGAGAAGCAGCAAGAAGAAGCCCAGAGAGCGCACGAGGAGAAGGUGAAGAAGCGAAUUGAGACCGAAAAGGCUAAGGAGGAACUCGAGCGCCAACGCGAUGCGCUUGUGAAAAAGCAGCAGGAAGAAAAGGAACGCUUAAUGCAGCGUCUCGGCGUCUCAAGUGACAGUCCUGAUGCUACUAAAGCCAAGUCUGAAGACCCAGCCGUCGAUGAGAAUGCGAGCGAGGAAACCAAACAACUACGCGCACAGUUGGCUGCUCUUGAGGCAGAGGCACAAAGUCUCGGUAUUGAUCCCUCCGACCCCUCAGCUUCAUUUGGCCGCGGCGGAUACCGGGGUCGUGGUGGUUACCGUGGUCGUGGCGGGUUCCGUGGCCGUGGAGGUUAUGACCCCUCAUACCGUGGUGGUUUCCGGGGCCGCGGUGGAUUUGCCCCUCGUGGCCGCGGUGGUGUGUUGCGCCUAGACAACCGACCACGACGAGUUGCCGUUGCGGGCGUCGAUCUCCACUCCGAUAAGGACGAGGCACUGCGCCAACACCUGAUUGGCAUUGGCGAGUACGAUUCCAUUGAAGCGAACAGCACCCCUGGCUCUAUCAUCGUGACCUUCAAGGAGCGAUACCAAGCCGAGAAAUUCAUGUUCAGUCCUUGGAAUAUUCCCAAUGUCGGCGAGGUGCAGCUGUCAUGGCUCCCUAACCCUCCUAUCACACUGCCAACCACACCAUCAACAGAGCCAAAGAAUGGGUUGGCCGAUGAUGACCAGGACACAGUUAUGGAUACCACUCCAACAGUGACUGCCCCGCCCCAGCAGCCACCCCGUGAUAUGGACUAUGAUGUUGCGGAAGAUAGUUGGGGUGCAUAG